AUGAGCUCUAACUUGGCUCUCACCCUCACCGCUCUGGUCGCCAUCGUCGUCGUGUGCUCCGCAAACUUAGUGGAGUUCGAACAGGUAACCGCAUAAGUUUGAAAAUCUUUAAAAACAUGACACAUUUUAGCUGGGAUACGGAGGAUCCGGAUUCAAGCCGCAGUUCGAGACGGUUCCGAUGCAGGCGGCUCGCACCGGAGUCAACUUCGAGACGUACCGCAACAUGCAGAAGGACUACGUCAACACCCCCAUCGCCAUGUUCCACCAGGUUCCGCACCGCAGUCAGCAGGUCCUGGAGAAGCGACCGCAGUCGCCGUGGCCACUCCGCAACUGCUACCUGUCGCCGGUGCAGUGCCUGCUGCCGGUGCAGCAGCAUCAAUUCAACAAGUUCCACAAACGAUUCAUGUUGUAG